UAUUGCUAAAAGCGUAAAACUAAACUCACUCACUGAAACUGUUCCAUGAUGAACCGAACUAGGUACAGCGGUCUACUGUUUUACUAGGUAGCCUGUCACGUGACACUGUCAACCAGGAAGUAAUGUGAUCAAGAGGCCUCCGUAAUAUCGUCGAUCUGGACACGAUCUCAUCGAUUGACACAAUUCUCGUCACUAAAUGAUCACGAGAUCCACGUCCACGAUGUGAUGCUGACCUGCUCUUCCUGUCAAAUGCUGGGUGGUACAGUUCUCCAUUCGAAAGGCAGUGAAAUAAGAGGCACAGCAUGGCGCGCCAAGUCCGAAACUGUCCCCCAAGUUCCUUGAGCACCAUACCCUCAGAAAGCAGUUGGCCGUCCAGCUGGAGGGAUGCGAUUGGAGGAGAAGAGGUUCCAUUUGAAGAGCUUGUCAACGAUGAUGAUGAUGAUUCUGAUGACUAUGAAUACGAAAGCAGUUUUGAGGAAUAUAUUAGCGAGGAAGAAGAAGAAGCAGAUGCAGAGAGUCAACCAGUUGAGUGGACAACUAUAGACCUCCAAAAUGGCGUCAAGCUGCUUGUUCCCGACAACGUAUCGGAAUUCAGAUGCAAAGCCAUCCCUCUUUGGGCUGAGAAACGCACGGAUAUGUUGUCUCAGUUUCCACACUACCACGACGAGACCAUGGUCAGCGAUGUGUACGAAUUGGAAGGCGAGGAUAUACAAUCUUUGAACUGCAAGCCAAAAUACCUACAGAUCCCUCUCGUUCUGCCAACCACGAGACUUGACGUCCACGUUCUCUUCCGGUUCCAUGUCAUGGUGUGUGGCGAUGGUGGAUGGACACCUGUUCCGGCACAGUACGAGGAUUGUCUUCUGAAAUUCCCAAUACAGGGAGGAAAGUACUUCGUGGCCUAUGCACGCCCAAUACCCGAGUUCAGGAGGAUUUCUAGGAAUGCGUUCACAUUCGUCUCUGAUAAGGACAAACGCAUCAAAGUGCACAUCCAAGAAGGUGCUGUGGACACCGAGAUGACCAUCUCGGUCAAGGUGCAACCAGUUGACACAAACAGACUGGAAUGGUACAGGCUAUAUGACCCCUCAGCAUUUGAAGGGAUCUAUGCACUAUCCGAUAUUCUGAGUGUACGACACAAAAUGGAAAAAGUAUUCAACAUAGACACAACUGUCGAGCUGCCAAUUGCUGAUUUGUCAGAAGAGGAAUAUGAAUUGAAGUCCAUCAGCAUUGAAAAUAACCAUUACGUCGUCAGAGAUCUGAAGAAAGAGAGUUCCUUGAAAGACGUUGCUAUAAUGCCCCACACAGUCAAUAAUGCUACAAGUUGUCAGAUGGCAUGUGUUCGACGAGGUCUACCUACAGCAGCUCUGAUACAAGCAGCUCUCUUCCAGGCCGGGAGGAUGGACAAAUGCACUAUUCUGAUGUUCCUCUCAAAAGACAACAAAGACAGGUGGCUAACUGUUGAGGUCGUAGGAUCCAAUUCUGCAGAUCAGGUAGCUGAAUCAAGGCAACAAAGGAACUUUUUUGAGAUCUCUAGAAGUAGAUCAGGGUCUUUUUGGAUAAAACUAAGUGACAGGAUACGAGUACAUCUGGCAGGGAAUAUGAGGAGCGCAGAACAGGUAAAGAAGACUAAGUACUCGUUUCAGUACAUUCACCAGUCGAGGAACAACUUCAUCCAGUUCAGGACUCAGAAGGUAGUUAGUGGAUCUGCCUACAGCGUUGUCGAGGUUUCAAUAGCUGGACAACAGGUUCACGAAGUCCACUUCAACUAUCCUGAUGCAGGAUAUAAUUUAAAGUAUAUGAAAAAUCUACGCACGUAUAGACCUGCAACAAGAGAAGAAACCCAAUACUACCCUACCCCUGUUGCUCAUGAACCACCUUCCGAGGUAGAAUUGCCAUCCUGUGGGGCAAGCGAUACUGGUUAUAACACUGAAGAAUCUGGGAGACAGGAAAACACACGCAGUGAAGCAACGACGCCAAUGACAGUGUCAGCCUCAAGUGAUGAAAGUGGAAUGGGUAGCGGCAUAUCUGAGAUGUCUGAGGGAGCAUCUAGUUCCUCCAGAUCAAGACUUUCAAGAAGUGUGUCCAUGCCUGCUUCGGCGUCUCACAAUCGUCCCACCAGCAGCAACUUUCUGGGAAGCACGUGGCCAGAGGGGACAGUUGCAUCUUCAUCUCCUUCAGAACAUCCAGUUUUGACGCAAGAGAGUCUCCUGGUGUUAGGAAGGCACGUCACUUUACGAGACUGCCAGGAUGCCCUCAUUUCUCUAGGCAUGAACUUUGACACAAUCUGCAAGAUCAAACAGGAAGCCAAAGACCAAGACGCCAAUGACGUGUUUCUUCUUCUGUUGAGAUGGUACCAGAACAUGAGAACAACGAUGGACACUGUUCUUCUUAUAAAAAAACUAGAGGGUGCCUUUAAGAAAGUUGGUCGUUCAGACUUAUCUAACACACUUGCAAAGGUUAGGAAGAAGAGAAGAGGACUUAAAAACAAAGACUUUGCUUGAAACUUCAUGGUAGACAACUUGCACAAGAAACUAACCACUCUGUAGGCAAACUGCAGCAAGCAAUGACGAUAUAGUUAGAGAACUGACCUGGAAACUGCACCGGAAACUAUAUUGUAUGUAUGCAGAUAGCACCAGAAACUAACUUCAUGUUAGAUAAAUUGCACAAGAAACUAACCACAUCAUAUGCGAACUGCAUAUCAUGCCAUUUGUACUGUGACAAUGUUUUAUGAACUACUUUCAACUUAAGCACACAUAUAUACCCGUUGGGUUCUAAUUUACCGGUGAAAACAAUGCACGAAUCUGAUCAAUAUGAAAAACACUGGGAUUAUCAGUUUUCAGUACAUAUUAAAAAUGGACAAAAAGGAAUAAAAAAUACGGCUUUGAGAUAUCAAUGGUAUAUCAAUUCA